GCAAACCCAAAAUUAGCUCAAUCAGCAAAGACAUAAAAACUUCUGUUUAUUAUCUCACCAUUUUUCUUUCAAAAAACCUCAAAAUCAAAUCUUUUUCUUCUUCAUAAAUCCCACCCCCCAUCAUUCAGAAAAUACAAAUUUUUUUUUUCAGAAAAUUAGAAAAACUUUUCUUUGAGCUCUGUUGCAGUUAAUUGUCCUCUCUUAAAUCCCAAAAAUCAACUAAAAAAACCAAGCUUUUUAGCUAAAAAAAUCACUGUAAAAGCAUCUCUACCACCUCAUACUAAUCUGUUCAAGGAAAAAUUCCAUCUUCAAUUUAUUUUCUUUUUUUCUUUUUUCUUUUUUUGGUCCCUGGUUUUGAACCCAAAAGCUCUAGUCUUUCUUCUUCAUAUUUUCUGGGUUUUAUUUACCAAAAAAUAUAUAUAUAUAUUUUUUUUUCUGGGUUUUUCUUCAAAAGUUAGACUUGUUUUUAGUUGAUUUUGAGCAUAAAAUUGUAAUGGGUUUUUGAUAAAAACCACUAUAAAAAUUUUGAAGUAUUUAAGAUUUUACCCAUGGAGUCAAGAGAAGCUGUGACCACUACAACUCCAACUGGUGGGGUUACAGUGGUGGGAUCCGAUGCUCCAUCGGACUAUCACAUCGCCCCAAGAACCGAAAACUUGAACCCGAACCCGACUCAAGCGUCCACCGCACCCCCUCCGCCGCAGACGACGGUGCAACCCCAUGCUGGUGCCGCGGGGAUUCCGGGGAAGAAGAAGCGUGGAAGGCCCCGAAAGUACGGACCAGACGGCACGGUCACGAUGGCCCUCUCUCCAAAACCAAUAUCUUCAGCAGCACCACCUCCUCUGAUUGACUUUUCUACUGGCAAGCGAGGGAAAGUGAAGUCUCCAACCUCGAUAUCAAAGGCCAAGUUUCAGGUGGAAAAUUUAGGUGAAUGGGUUGCGUGCUCUGUCGGUGCAAAUUUUACACCUCAUAUUAUCACUGUUAAUGCUGGCGAGGAUGUGACAAUGAAGGUCAUAUCAUUUUCUCAACAAGGACCUCGGGCAAUAUGCAUUCUCUCAGCAAAUGGUGUGAUCUCGAGUGUUACACUUCGUCAGCCUGAUUCUUCUGGGGGUACAUUGACAUAUGAGGGUCGUUUUGAGAUUUUGUCCUUGUCAGGUUCAUUCAUGCCCAGUGACGUUGGAGGAGCAAGGAGCCGAUCUGGUGGGAUGAGCGUUUCUUUAGCUAGUCCAGAUGGCCGUGUCGUAGGUGGUGGAGUUGCUGGCCUGUUAAUAGCUGCUAGUCCCGUGCAGGUGGUAGUAGGAAGCUUUCUGGCAGGGGACCAACAUGAGCAGAAACAAAAGAAACAGAAACACGAGACAAUAACAUCUGGCACACUAAUUGCUGCAAUUCCUGUUUCUAGUGCUGAUCCAAGACCCAACAUCUCAUCUCCAUCCUUCCACAGCGAUGACUGGUCCUCAUUGCCUUCAGAUACAAGAAAUAAACCCACUGACAUCAAGGUAUCUGUGUCUGGAAGCUAAUCCAUGGGUCCUCACUCUACUGACCACAUCGGCUAUCAAUCUCCAAUACCCAAAUCUCACCUCAUGUUGUUUGUUUAAUCCUUGUAAGAUUUAUUAUGUUUUGCCACCAGUAUCGACAUCUCUCAUUUUUCAUAUGGGGAGUUUACUUACCCCAUUUAUCUUCAAUAGUAUUUUAGUGAGUUAGCUGAUUAGUUAGGAUUCUGCCCCUGUUGUGUCAUGUAGAAUAUUUUGAUGUAAUUUUUACUCUUAAUUGGCUUCCUUUUUUCAGAGUGAUGGAUUGUGAUU